AAUGUCCGUCCUCGCUUGCUCCUCGCUAGUUAUGAUCAUUUGUGCUUUCCAUAUUAUUAUUUCUGCUUGCGAUGAAUCUUCCGAUUGCGUGCUACCGAAGCUGCAGACAGAAGGAGCAGAUAUUCAAGUUGGAUGCGCUGUGAAUUGUGGGACUGGCCGAGUAACAUAUGGAAAUUCAGAAUGCACGACUAUGUCAAAACUCCGCCUCGAGAGGAUGCAACGAGGCCUGAGGUACAUCUGCCAGACUGGUGUUUGUGAAAACGGUGAAUGUAAACUCGGCGCUGUUUAUGUUCCCUGUUGGAAACCGAAAAAUGAAGACGUGAAUCAACGCUCACCGCGCUAAUGUGUGCGCGGCUGGAGCUAGACUCCUGUGCAAAGACUUUCUUAAUUAGUCCCAAAGCAUAUCCUAAUAAAUUCUUA